CUUUCCUUCAAGCACUGAGAUACUGGAGGGAAGGACAAUGUUGGAUAUUAUUGAUCCUUGUUUGAAGGAGGGUUCAAGAGCUGAAACGAUGACAUGCAUACAUAUUGGGUUACUUUGUGUCCAGGAAAAUGUAGCGCGGUUACCAACCAUGGCUUCAAUUGUUCUAAUGCAUAAUUACCAACUGCUCCAUGACUCUCCCAGCAACCUCAUGUUGUUCAUGCACAGUGCCACCCAGGCAGAUAUGUCAUCUUCGUGGGAUUUCAGCUUGAAGGCAACUGAAUCCAACAUAAAUCCAGAAAUGGAAUUGCACCACCUUCAACAAAUGAAGUUUCAAUUACAGAUCUAGAACUAAGCAAGAUAGCAUGAAGACCUUUUACAAUUGUUGAAGCUAAAUUCUCAGUGAGUUUGAUAUUUUGUCUGCUAGGAUGCAUGUGAGAACCAUGAAAGCACAAUGAUUUAAAAAAGAAGAAAACUGAAACUUACAAGAAGAUUAGAAACCCUUCAUCAUCAAAGAAAAAUACAUCAGAUUAGAGUCA